GUCUAUCCAAGAUUUCGCGGCGUGGAUUUUUGAGUGAGAAAAGUGGAUGCAGCAGAACGGGCGGGCAGACGGGCAGACGGGCAGACGGAAACGAGGUCAAGUCGAGUUGGUCCAGAGUCGCCCUCAACUGGCUUGCCAUCCUUUCCCAUCUCCCCUUUCCUUCUACCCACACUUCCCCUCUUCCUUUCAUCGUCACCAUGGGCAAGAAGGACAAGUCAACAAAGGUCGCUGCCGCUGCUACACCUGCCGCUGCUGAGCCCGUCAAGGCUAAGAAGAGCUCCAAGAAGGAGGCUGUCGCUGCCCCCGUCAAGGAGGACAAGAAGGACAAGAAGAGCAAGAAGUCAAAGAAGGAGCCCACCCCUGAGCCUGAGAGCAGCUCCAGCUCUGAGAGUGAGGAGGACUCGGACGACGACUCCAGCGACGACUCGAGCGAGGACGAGGCUCCCGCCAAGACCAACGGCGCCGCCGCCGCCGCCGCCGCCAAGGAGGCCGACUCUGACUCUGACUCUGACUCUGACUCUGAUUCUUUGGACGACAGCUCUGAUGACGAGGAGGAGGCGAAGCCUGCCGCCGCCGCCGCUGCCAAGACGAAUGGUGCUACGAAGGACGACUCCGACUCCAGCGAUGACAGCUCGGACGACUCCAGCGAUGACGAUGAGGAGAUGAAGCCCGCCGCAGCUGAUGCCAAGGUCAAGGCUGAGGACUCGAGCGACGACAGCUCUGACGACUCAUCGGACUCCGACUCCGACUCUGACGAGGAGGAGAAGCCCGCCGCCGCCACUGACUCCAAGAAGCGCAAGGCUGAGGACGACGAUGUCUCCGCCAAGAAGGCCAAGGUCGAGGCCGACACAUCCGCCGCGGGCGAUGACGCUGGCGCGACCUGCAACAUCUUCGUGGGUCGUCUCUCGUGGAACGUCGACGACGAGUGGCUCGCUUCCGAGUUCAAGGAGUUCGGUGAAGUCAUCCGCGCAAAGGUCAUGACCGACCGCGACUCUGGCCGCUCCAAGGGAUUCGGAUACGUCGAGUUCACCACGCCCGAGGCUGCCAAGGCUGCUUUGUCUGCAAAGGACCGCGAGAUCGAUGGGCGACCUAUCAACGUUGACCUCAGCCAGCCGCGCCCCGCUCGCGACGUCAACGAUGCUCGCGCUAAGAAGUUCAACGACAAGCGCUCCGAGAAGAGCCCCAUCCUCUGGGCUGGUGGACUCGCCUUCUCGCUGACGGAGGACGACCUCUGGGAGGCCUUUGGCGCCUACGGUGAAGUGUCGCGCGUCACCCUCCCCAAGGACUUUGAGACCGGGCGCCCCAAGGGCUUCGCGUACAUCGAGUACAGCGCCCAGGAUGCGGCAGACAAGGCUAUCGAGGCCCUCGCUGGCCAGGAGCUUGGCGGGCGUGCCGUGCGCCUCGACUACGCGCCUCCGCGUGACCCUAACCAGAGCGGAGGUGGUGGUCGCGGUGGAGGACGUGGCGGAUUUGGUGGUGGACGCGGCGGUGGAGGACGUGGUGGUGGACGUGGCGGAGGAUUCGGAGGCGGUCGUGGCGGCGGUCGUGGCGGUGGACGUGGAGGAGGACGCGGUGGCGGUGACUCCGGAUGGGGUGGACGCGGCGGUCGUGGUGGUGCCAGGACGGGCGCUAUCGCCUCCGGCUCAGGCACCAAGGUCUCCUUCGACUAAGCGUGCUCUGCGCGUCCCCAAAAGAGACGAGGCCUCGGCGCCCCUCUCAAUGCUAUUUUCACGCAUCAUCUCACCCAUUCCUUCAUCGACUUGUCAUAUCUUACCACGAUCAUCUCGUCUUUGCUCCUGACUCGUAAUUCUCAUGCAUUGAAACGUCGCGA